AUGGAGGUGGUUUUAAGGCGAGUGGGGACAAUUGCUUGGGAGGCCGCGGCGGCCAUUUUUGCAGUGCCACUGCGGUCAUGUGACAGGGGGCCGCGGCGGCCAUUUUGUCGGCGGGCUGAGGCCAGGACGGGCCUCGCCCCACCCAUCCACCGCUGCAGGUUGGGACUGGCUCCACCCACCGGCGCCGGGGCCGCGCCCUCCCUCCCUCCCUCCGUCCUCCGGAGGAGACUGGAAACUGCCGGGGAAUCGACCUGUGGCGGCAUCGACCCAUCGACCGAGCGCCGGCUGACGAGCGGCCGAGGCUCCUCCACCCCGAUGCUGGGCCGAGCGGACGGACGGGCAGCAGCGGCCGGGGAUCGUCGACAUCGGCGGCGCCGCAUUACUUCAAGUCUACCUGGAUUUAGUAUUUAUGGAUGUCAUAGGAAGGAUCUGGUCUUUAUGGACAUGGCAUCAAGGUCUGUCCAAUUUGUGGUCAAUACUACCAUCGUGUGGUGGUCUGCUGCCCUGCAGGCCCAUCUGAUAUGUGGACAAAGUACUAGUUUGACACUGCAAAAUCUCCUCAAGCUUUCCACACCCCACUUCAUCUGUGUGAAGAGUCUGGACCUGAAAUGA